AGCGAUUCAGUUGCUCUUGGGGGCCGACUCUGUCAAUUACCAUUGCCGUUGCUUUUCCUUGUCGCUGCAAUGGGUGGAUGCACAGGCAAAACAGCUGAUGCCCCAAAGCCUGGGAACAAGGGAACUUCCUCGGUCCCGAAGAAGGACAUCAAGGAGGGUGGCAUUGGUCACGCACAGUUCAUCAUCGAGAACACCGGCAAGAUCACGGACUACUACCAACUGGACAAGAAGAAGCUCGGUGAGGGAUCCUAUGGAUCGGUGUCCAAGGCGACGAACAUCUCCACCAAGGCCAUUCGCGCUGUGAAGACCAUCUCCAAGUCUCAGAUGAAGAACUUGGAGCGCUUCAAGCAGGAAAUUGCCAUUAUGAAGAUGAUGGAUCAUCCCAACAUCAUCAAGCUCUUCGAAUCUUUUGAAGACCACAGGAACAUCUAUUUGGUGAUGGAACUGUGCUCUGGCGGCGAGCUCUUCGAUCGUAUCAUCGAAUCGGGUCACUUCUCCGAAGUGCAAGCGGCCAUCUUGAUGCAGCAGAUCAUCCGUGCCAUCUACUACAUGCACGAGAACCAGGUUUGCCAUCGCGAUCUGAAGCCUGAGAACUUCCUCUUCAUGACCAAGGACCCCAUCGAGAAGAAUUUCUUGAAGAUCAUCGACUUCGGGCUGUCAUGCAAGUUCAUCCCUGGCAAGCCCCUGGCCACCAAAGCGGGCACGCCCUACUACGUGGCGCCCCAGGUCCUCGCCGGGAACUACGACCAGCUGAGCGACCUUUGGUCCUGCGGAGUCAUCAUGUAUGUGCUCCUCUGUGGCUACCCGCCCUUCUUUGGGGACACCGACUCCGAGGUCUUGGCGAAGGUGCGCCUGGGGAACUUCAACUUCAAUCCCUCGGACUGGAAGAACGUCUCGGAGGAUGCCAAGACGCUGAUCCGCCACUUGCUGAAGAUGAAUCCCAAAGACCGCUACACAGCCGAACAAGCCCUGAACCACGAGUGGAUCAAGAACAAGGCACCCAAAGCCUCCCAUGUGGCGUUGCAGUCGAACUUUGUGGACAACCUGCGCGGCUUCCGAUCCCAGAACAAGCUCAAGAAGGCAGCUCUGCACAUCAUUGCGGGCCAGCUCAAUGAGGACCAGAUCAAGGCGCUCAGAGACACCUUCAUGGGCCUGGACAAGAAUGGUGACGGACUGUUGACGCCGGCCGAGCUGAAGGAAGGAUUGCAGAAGGCUGGACUGAAAGAGAUUCCUCCAGACCUGCAGCAGAUCAUGGAGGAUGUGGAUGCGGAUGGCAGUGGCGUCAUCGACUACACCGAGUUCUUGGCUGCCACCUUGGACAAGCGCCAAUACAUCCAGGAGGAUGUUUGCUGGUCUGCUUUCAGAGUCUUCGACAGGAACGGUGACGGCAAGAUCUCUCAGGAUGAGUUGAAGCAAGUGCUCAACGAUGGCCAGGUGGAAAGCACCCUUGGACAUGAAAUGAUCGUGGAGCUUCUGAAGGACGUGGAUGCCAACGGUGAUGGUGUCAUCGACUUCCAGGAGUUCCUGGUAAUGAUGCGGGGGGGAAAGGCGCCUGAGCCCAACAAAGUCUGAGGUGGGAGAUGAGGUCUCCGAGAUGGCGAAUGAAGAGUGAUUUGAGGUGUUUGACAGGGGCCCCUAAGUUGGCCAGAGAAGACCACUUUUUCAUGUGUGUAUUUCUUUUUUUUACACCUGUCCCUUUGGGGGUUUUGGUUUGUGGCCUUGGGUCCCAUAAUCUUCACCGUCUCACAGCCAGUGACAAUUCACGACCUGGCAGCUUGCGGUAGCGUUGCAUGUGGAAGAGACUUCAGAUGCCAUCUCGCUCCUCUCCUUCUCGUCAUCGAAAUGGGGACGGACAUCACUGAAGAGACUGAAAUGAAUACUUCUGAUUGUAGGCCGUUUUCCAGAUCUACACAGAGCACACAUGAGAUCGCGUGACGAUCUCUC